AAGGUGUUCCCAUGAUGCACCUGUGGCACUGUAAUCUGCGCCACGCGCACGCGGAGAGAGCAGAAGGUCGGCGGCAGCGGACAGGUGAGGAGAUAGGAUUCAUCAGUUCAGCAGCUCGUUUCCAUUCCUCCUCAACCAAAACUGACAAUAAAAACAGGAACUUUGAGGAGGAUUUUUGCAACUCUGCGAUUCUUGAGGGCAAUUUAAAGGACUUGCCUGUGGAUUAGUGGGCAAGCAGCUUGUUAGACAUCAGACCUACACAGUGCCGUGUACUUUGCCAUGAGACACAAUCUGCUCUGAAGGUACUUUAUAUUCCAUGCACCGCUUUCCUCAUCACAUCGUACCAAUGGACCCUCAGGUGUGUCCACCUCCACUGAGCAGCAGCCAGUCAAUGAUCAGUGGUCUUGACAAAUCCCCAGCCAGUGUAUUCAAACCUGGCCACUCACGGAGCAACAGCACAGGCUCCGCCAAGCAAUCAAAGCAGUCUCGUCACUGGGAGGUGGUUGAUGACUUGCAGAAUCUGGAACAGUGUUCAGUUCCUGGCUCGUCUCUGGACCUCAGUAUCCCUGGGAUCUGUGAGGGCUACUUGAUGAAGAGGAGGAAGUACCCGCUCAAAGGCUGGCACAAGAGAUACUUUCUGUUGGAGAAAGGAAUUCUUAAGUACUCAAAGACACAACAAGAUAUUCAGAGAGGAAAGCUUCAUGGCUCUCUGGAUGUCAGCCUGGCUGUCAUGUCCAUCAACAAGAAAUCCAAGCGCAUAGACCUGGAUGCCGGAGACAACCUCUACCACCUCAAGGCAAAGAGCCAUGAGAUAUUCUACAUCUGGCUCACAAAGCUGUGUGCCCAUCGUGUGUUUAAGAAGAACGAGGCGUUGAGCGUUCAUCAUGGUGUCCUUCAUGCUCUGUCUUUGGCCCCGAAUUCUCUGCCAGCCAUAGCCACCCUCGCCCAGAAAAACAGAACAAUGCCUCCUCACUAUGCCAGCUCAGCAUCAGUGUACCAACAGGAGAUGGGAAGCCCCGCCCCUGCCGUUGCCUCUCAGCCAGGGGUGACCAGCAAGGUGUCCGCCUGGCUGCAGCAGACCCACGACAUUGACGCAACCUCCAAUGAACUGUCUCGCUGUCAGGCAGAGCUGACAGAACUGGCCCAGCUCAUCCAGCGACUCCAUUGGCUGGAAGGAGGCCUUCCAAUUACAAACAUGGACCUAGAGAUGCGGAUCAGCAUGCAGAAUCUCUCCCUGGAGAAACCCAAGAGGAAGACGGGGAAAGGGUUUGGUCACUCCAGGACUUUGUCCCGUGUUGAAGCCAUGGGGGGUCUGUUCACUUCCAGCCACCUGAGUACUAACAGCGGUGCUGGUCUGGGUACAUCCGUUACGUCCAUCCCUGACUACGUCUACUCUCAGCUGUCCAGCCCUCAAGUCACUUCACCUGAGGCCAAGAAGCUCCACCAGGAGAUCUGCACUGUUUCUCAAAGGGUUCAUGCUUCUCUCAAGUCCAUUCAUGAUGUUUUGACACUGGAAAGAGAGAGAGUGAGGCAGGCCUGGACUGGCCCAGACCUGAGGCAGAACACCUCACAGCAGCUCGCCACAUUGUGCAGCACAUUGUCUGAGCUUGACUUACAGUCUCGCCUGACCAAAGUCCACUCGCUUUCCCUGUCCUCUGAGUCUACUGAGGAAUCCUACUGCACCGUACGUCCUGACCAGAGGACACCAUCUAUGGGUCGUCACAGCCAUCGUGCACCCUCAGUUGCAGAAUCCAUGGCAGAGUAUUUCGAUGCCAGUGAGGUGAUUGUAUGCGAGAGCUCGUCGGAGGCUGAGGCUUCGGAUGAGUCGGGCCUGAGUGACAUCACCACCACCAGCACCUCAGAACCUGACGAGGGACACACUGCUGCUACCCUCAACUACCGGGCCAGUCUGAACAACGCCCCUGACAGACCCAGCCCAGUACCCACUAACACCGGUCGUCGCACUGCACUGCCUGCCCCAGGAACAGACAACAGCCACAUUGGCAUCAUGACCAUCCUGUACAACAACAUCGGCAAGGACCUGUCCAGGGUCUCCAUGCCUGUUGCUCUCAAUGAGCCACUGUCAUUGCUGCAGAGAGUCAGUGAAGAGCUGGAGUACUCUGAGCUGUUGGACAUCGCCAACCACACUGAUGAUCCAUAUGAGAGAAUGGUUUACGUGGCAGCGUUCUCUAUCUCUGGGUAUGCCUGGGCGUCCUGGAGGUAUCGCUACAAACCCUUCAAUCCUGUUCUGGGAGAAACCUAUGAGAGUCACAGGGAGGACCGAGGCUUCCGCUACAUCAGCGAGCAGGUUAGCCAUCACCCUCCCAUCUCUGCCUGCCACGCGGACUCAGAAAACUUCACUUUCUGGCAAGAUCAGAGAUGGAAGAACAAGUUUUGGGGGAAGUCGGUGGAAAUUAUCUCUUCUGGACCGGUUAAUGUUACCCUGCCCAGAUAUGGUGAUCACUAUGAAUGGAACAAGGCAGUGACAUGCAUCCACAAUGUGCUGAGUCAGCAGCGCUGGUUGGAGCACUAUGGUGAGGUGGUCAUCAAAAACACAAAGAGUGACAUCUGCACCUGCAAGAUCACCUUUGUCAAGUCUCGUUACUGGAGCUCAGACAGCAGUAAGAAUGAGGUGCAGGGUGUGGUUCUUAAUCGGGCCGGGGAGGUGGUUCAUCGUUUUGGAGGUCUCUGGCAUGAGGGCAUCUUCUGUGACACCCUGCCUACACCAAAGUGCAUCUGGAAGCCCAAUGUGCAGCCUGAUGACCACUUCGACUUCUACGGCUUCUCACAUUAUGCCAGAGAACUGAAUGAACUAACGCCUCAACUGGAGGCAGUCCUCCCGCCUACAGACACACGAUUCAGACCAGACCAGAGGCUCCUGGAGGAGGGGAAGGUAGCAGAAGCGGAUAAAAAGAAGGACGAGGUGGAGGAGAAGCAGAGACAGAGAAGGAAAGAGAUGGCCAAUAGAGGGGAGGAGCAUGCUCCCAGGUUCUUCAGGAAAGCUUUGGAUGACGCUGGCAGGGAGGUGUGGCUGUACAAUGGCACCUACUGGAAGCUCCGCGAAGAGCCAGGCUUUGCCAAGACUGAAAAUCUGGACCUGUGGUAGAGCAUUGCACCUAGCUCAGUGCUGAGGUACUAAACACCUGGUAAUAUAAUGAAGAGGAAUAAUAUGCCCCUCUAUUAGUAAAACUAAUUAACUGUAGUUAUGUUAGUACUAUAAUCUCUACAUGAAUAUUUUCUAGUGACUCAUAAUUCCACAGAGAUCCAGAGAGGCUAACCUUUACUUGUAUUGGAGAAUGGCGUUUGGAAGCAUAAAUGAACCUCUUAUUGUGUUUUUUGUGCUAUGAAGAGGUGAGGUGCCACCUUGGAACAAAUGAAGACUGAUUUAGACAAGGCCGGAUGUCCAGCCUUUCGCCUACCUCUUACCAAAUGAGAUAACCUUCAAUAUUCAUCUUUGAAAUCUAGUUUUAUUGCUGCCCUUGGGAAAACUGUGUCUAAAAAUCAAGUAUUUUCUGUCAGGAUUGAGGUCUCUCUCUGUAUGUAAACUGUGUUAUAUUUUUGUGGGACAAAUGUCAGUCUAUAUAUUUUACUUUUGUUAGUUUUAACAUGUCUGUAUAAAUCCUUUUUAGCCAUGCUCAUUUUUAUGACGAUGUAGUUUGAGAAGCUUGCUUCCUGUGGAGGGAUCUAGAACACAUGCAAGGUCAAUUCUAAUGCUUGUGGGUUCCAUUACAGGUGAACUGGUGCUGUCCCGCUUUCUUUCUUAGUGGGUCUUAACUGUAUAAACUUCUGUUGAUUUGUAAAGUCAGUGUGUAUUUUCUGAUGUUUAAUCAUGACACAUUGGUGAUUUUUCUGAAGUGUCCUUACACUGGUUAAAUCUAGCAGUCCUUCUAGACUUGUCUAAUUCCUCUCUCACUUGUAUAAAUUGUUGAAUUCAAAAAUGAGCUGACAGAUGAGGAUUGUGUCUCUUGGACCUUUGUGCUCACAGUUGAUGCAAUGAAAUAUUUUUUUUUUUUAUUGAUGUUUCAACAGCAGAUUUUAAUAAGGAAAAGAGACUACUGUGAAAAUCUAGCAAAAUGUUUUUUCUUUAAUUGUUUUGUUUCAAAUAAAAGGUUCCAUACUCAA